GUUCGUGCUGCAGGUCACAGCUUGCUACUUCCGCGGUGCUUCCUUGUUUCGUAGCUUUAGUUGUUUCAGAAAAGAAAAAAAACGUUUUUUUAUUACUGGUAACGGAUGAAAUUACCUGCCCACCCUUUUUUCCACUCCUCCCUGUUGUCCUGAUUGAUGUCCAGGAGUGUUUGUGGACAUUAGUGCCAAAGAUUUGAGCUGCAUACCUGAGCUGAAUGGCCACAGCUGCAGAGGAGCCGCCUGGGCUGCCGGGCCCCUCUACUAAUUCUAUCGGGACUCGAAAAAAUGCAUCUUCAGAGGGCCCAUGGACAAGUACAUCUCAGACCAUGAAAAAAACUAUUGGCCACCGUGGAAUUGAUCCCACUGGUGAGACCACGUACAAGAAGACAACAUCGUCGACCCUCAAAGGCUCUAUUCAGCUCGGCAUCACUCACACUGUGGGCAGCUUAAGUCAGAAACCUGAGCGAGAUGUGCUCCUGCAGGACUUCGAAGUGGUGGAAAGUAUUUUCUUCCCCAGUGAGGGAAGCAACCUGACACCAGCCCACCACUAUGGCGACUUCAGGUUCAAGACGUACGCACCAUUCGCCUUUCGCUACUUCAGGGAGAUGUUUGGCAUUCGGCCUGAUGACUACAUGUAUUCUCUUUGUAAUGAACCACUGAUUGAGCUGUCAAACUCCGGGGCCAGUGGAUCUAUCUUUUAUGUUUCCAGUGAUGAUGAGUUCAUCAUUAAGACGGUGCAGCACAAAGAGGCAGAAUUUCUGCAGAAACUGCUUCCAGGAUACUUUAUGAACCUGAACCAGAACAAACGGACCUUAUUACCAAAGUUCUAUGGACUUUAUUGUGUCCAGGCAGCGGGUAAGAACAUCCGUAUUGUGGUUAUGAAUAAUCUGCUCCCAUGUGCUGUGCGUAUGCACCUCAAAUAUGACCUGAAGGGUUCCACCUAUAAGCGGAGGGCUUCGACUAAAGAGAGAGAAAAGGCUGUGCCCACAUACAAAGACCUGGAUUUCAUUCAGGACAUGUCUGAGGGGAUCUUACUGGACAGUGACAAGUACAAUGCUGUUUGCAAGACCAUCCAGAGAGACUGCCUGGUGUUGCAGAGUUUUAAGAUUAUGGACUACAGUCUCCUCGUAGGGAUUCACAAUGUAGAUCAGGCAUGUAGAGAACAGAACAGCGAAGAGGCGGUUGCAGGUGCUGCGGGUCAAAGGAAGCCACAGGGCCAGAAGUCAUUGUACAGUACCGCUAUAGAAGCCAUCCAGGCUGAUGGAGGGAGCAUGGGGUCCCUGGAAACAGAGGACAAAACGGGAGGAAUUCCAGGAAGAAACUCUAAAGGGGAGAGGUUGCUGGUAUAUAUUGGCAUCAUUGAUAUUCUGCAGUCAUAUAGGUUAGUUAAAAAACUUGAACACUCAUGGAAAGCUCUGGUUCAUGAUGGGGAUACUGUAUCAGUGCACAGACCAGGUUUCUAUGCAGACCGGUUUCAGAAGUUCAUGUGCAACACGGUCUUCAAGAGGAUCCAAGUGAAAACCUCCCCAACUAAGAAGCGCCGGAUUAUAACCUAUGCUGCUUUGAGAAAGGCAGCUGGUGUUGGACCUGUGUUGUCCACCCAGGCCAGUACCAGCAGCCAGAACCCUGCAGCCCAUCAGCCUGCCAUCUCUGAAAGCACAGAAGACUCUGAAGGAGAGGGCGCCACGCAGUCAGGUCAUCCUGACCUCCUGAAGGCACCACAACCCGAUGAUGCUGGAAACGAAAUCUCUGGGUUUAGUGCCACAUAUCAGACUGCUCCUUCCUCUUUGACCGAAGACCAGGAGCCCACUGCCACCAGAGUUCAGGAUGGGAUGCAUACAGACAAUAUUGGUGCUGAGGCUGCAGUUUCAGUGACAUAGUUCCUUACACACACAAGUGCACUGCAUGGUGUAGAAAAGAAAAAUGGAUUCAAAGGAACCAAAAUAUAAGAAACUUGGAGGAUUGUAUGAGCAUCGCGUGAAUAUUAGCUCCUAAGAGGGAUUUAAGAUGCAAAAACUGGAAGCAGAAUUUUUAUAACUACGGACCACAACAACGCGACCAAGUCCCCCCACCCCAUAAAUUGGAUAUAAUUGCCUCUAUUGUUGUUUUUGCACUUAGAUUAGGAAUGUUCCAAGUUUCAGUUUAAUAAGAUGUUGUACUUUUUACUCUGACACUAGCAGUACAUGGUGUUUAAUUAACAGUAUGUCUGUAUAUAUGGUUUUACAAGGUUGUGCACAACUAAGAAUUCUUCUUGGCACCACUGCCAAUUCUGUCAGCAUUCAGUCUGCUACUUAAUAUAACAAAAGACUUUGCCUUGUUUCAAACCACAGUUUCUUCAUUGUAAAUCAGUUAUAAUGCAUAUACUGUACAUUGUGUGCUGUUUGGUGUUCGUUCCUUUGUGUUCCAUCAACUUGCUGCAGAUUUUCUGCUGCCAGCCAGAAGCUGGUGCUGCAUGUAUUGUCUCCCAUAACUGGACACUAACACCGGUACCACGUUAUGUAAAUUGGUACCUUAUUUUUAUUUUAUUUUUUUAAUGCUUUCAUUCAUACAUAAUCAGCUGCUGUGUUCUGAGCUUUCUCUCGCUACAUUUUAUGUUGGGAGGAAGUGAUAAUCAACUUACGGUUGCUGUUUCAUCAACUGUUGUGAUGGACCAGUAGGUUGUGGAUUGUACCUGAAACACCUCAGAUUCACUUCACAGUGUGAUUUUUUUAAAUGUUUUUAUGUGUUUAUAUUUACUUUAAUAUAAGUUUUGAGCUUAAUGGCUCAUGACCAAUUACUGUUACUUGAAUGGCUGUAAGCUACGUCCAUGACAGUGUCAGCUUUUAUUCUUGUCAGACUGCAUAUGUGAUCCACUGGAGAACACUGGAAUGAAACCUGCCUUUUAUACUCGUGUCUGAUCAGCAGAACAUGCUGUGAUUGGUUUGAUGUUUGUGGUUUAUCCAGCAUGAACAAGACAUUGUUGCUGGAAAGACAUCUUGAUUUUUUUUUUUAAUUAAGUGUUUUUAAUGGAUGAAUGGAUGAUAUUUGUAUUUUAGUGACAAGUACCAAAUAAUACACAGUCAUGGAAUUACAACUGCUGCAAUCUCUUAGUUUCUGUGGUAAUGUAUUCUUACUGAUAAUAUUAUGCAUAUUUGCAGUAUAUCCACAAUCCCACUUUAAGCCUAGAAGGGCUGAAGUAUUUAUUUCUAAGCUGUAGCAGUAAUGACUAAACUUACUGCCAUGUAUUUACUCUGCACAAUUUUAUUUUUCCAUUGUAUUCCUGUUGAUUCUGUUUAAGAAUUCUGAACAUUUUACUUAUAUCUGCUGAGGACUACACACGUUUUUAUUAUUUUAUUUUAUUUUUUUAGGAAGAGUGAGCAAUGUUUAGUUAUUUUAGUUUGGUCUCCGUUACUUGUACAAUGUUAUGUAUGUUUUUGAUAUUUGAAAAUGCUGAAAUAUACAGUGACUUUUUUUUUUUUUUUACUUUGAUAGCAGAUGUAUAUAGGAGACAUUUACAAGGACAUUUACGUAUAAUGGAAUUGCACUGUACUUAUAUACGAAUGGGCUAUGGUACAUUAAAUUUACCAUAUACAAAUCAGAGUAAUUAAAAAAUACUUAAGAAAAUCACAAUUGUUUAGAUAACACAUCUAAUGGUGUUUGAACAUUUUUAUGCAUUAUGUAAAUAGUUGUCUCCCAGAUCUUACACCACAUUGUCAGCUCACACUUGCCUUAUUGUAUAUUUUCAAAAAGCAGAUAACACACUGCCUAUCAAAUGUGUAAAUAACCAUAGUUAUGGUUGUAUUUAUUGCUGUCUUAUGUUUUACAAAUGUUUAUAAUCAUGAUGGGAUUAAAAUGGGCUUUUCUCCUGCACAACGGACCUGCCAAAUGUAUGUGAACAUUAAAAUUUUAAAUAAAA